AUGGUCGCAUUUCUUCAAGACGUUAACCAGCGUGGGCUUGAUUCAGCCCUCAAAGCUGUUGAUUUUACGACUCACCGCACAACUGAAGAUAAGGAACCUGUUCGGACACCAUCAAAGCGGAAGAGUAGCCGCCUGGGCGAAAAGGAAGAAGAUAACGAGGAGGGGUACAACACGCGGUUUAAGGGCGUCAAACGCGUCAGGGUCGGGCCUCCAACCCCGGAACCGUCCACACGCCCGAAAUCGAGGUCCCCUCGGAAACGAAAACAACCCGAUAAUAAAGAUCAAGAUAACAGCGAGUCAGCCAGCGCACCUGCACGCGGGAGGGGACGACCACGAAAGAGCGUUGCCGAGACCAAGAAGAGCCCCAAGGCGGCCGCCUCAACGCCGAAGAAGGCAACCGAGGGCGAAGAGCCAAAGCGCGGUAGAGGCAGACCCAGGAAGAGCGGCCCGUCGGAAAGUGCUGGAAAGAGCACGGCCCCAGAGAGCAAGAGCGGAAGGCAGGUUUUGGUCGGCGUUGUAUUGACGAAGAGGACGUUGGCACGUGUGGAUGCCGAUGCCGACGCGGAGGGCGACGACGAGGCAAUUGAGGAGGACGCAGUCGUUGCUGCUGUCAACGGUGCUGUCAAUGGCGAUCUGUCGAGCCUUGGAGGUUCCAACAAAGAGAAUCUCCCUAAUAGCGAUGGUCCAGUUCCAGGCCCGUCUUCUGUUGUCACAGGUGAUCAUGCUGGGGACGGAGAGGUCGAUGCUGAUGGCGAUCCCGAUGGCGAGGCAGUUUCUCCGACUGUUGUUCGGUAG